GUGAGUGACGUAAGACUGACGUACUAGGAAGUGUGUUCAACACAUCCAACACUGCAGCUUGUUGACCAUCAUUUCCAAGUUAAAUACUAUGGCAACAGAAAAAGAACAAUGAUGGCAUUUCAGCAACAUAUGGAAGUAUUCCUCUAAAAGGAGGCUUCUUUGUGAUAAAUUAGAACCAAAAAUUUCAUUAUCAUCCACUCUGACACUUGGGAGGAUAUUUACAAUCCUCUCUAAUGUCCUCCGGCUGUCCCCCCCAGUCACCAGCUGUGGCUAAGUCUGAGGUAGCAAUUGAGGGAGAAUGCCCGCUGCUGGCUGCCACCUUCGCCUACUGGGACAACAUCCUGGGUCCACGGGUGCGCCACAUCUGGACACCAAAGGGAGAGCAGCUGAUGUUCCUCAGCGAUGGAGAGGUCACGUUUUUGGCCAAUCAUACACUCAACGGGGAGAUCCUGCGAAGCGCUGAGUGCGGCGCUGUGGACGUCAAGUUCUUUGUCCUGGCGGAAAAGGGCGUCAUCAUUGUGUCUCUUAUCUUCGAUGGCGAACUGAAGGGGGAUAAGAACACAUGUGCCUUGUCCAUCAUCCUGCCUCAAACUGAGCUGGCGUUCUACCUUCCUCUGCACACCAUCUGUGUGGAGAGGCUAAAGCACGUUAUCCGCAAGGGACGCAUUUGGAUGCAGAAGGGCUACAACAUCAUCUCGGUGCUGAGCUUGGAGAUCAUCCCUAUCAUGGAGCUGUUGGCCUCUAUGAAGUCCCACCAUGUGCCAGAAGAUAUAGACAUAAAAGACACGGUGCUAAAUGAUGAUGACAUCGGGGACAGCUGCCACGAGGAUUUCCUCCACAAAGCCGUCAGCUCUCAUCUGCAGACUUGCGGCUGUUCAAUAGUAGUUGGAAGCAACCCGGAGAAAGUAAAUAAGAUUGUGCGGACUCUCUGUCUCUUCCUCACCCCUGCAGAGAGGAAGUGCUCCCGCCUCUGCAAGGCUGACUCUUCUUUCAAAUAUGACACAGGCCUUUUUGUUCAGGGUCUGCUCAAGGACUCCACAGGCAGCUUCGUCCUGCCCUUCCGCCAGGUGCUCUACUCCCCGUACCCGACCACUCACAUCGACGUGGACAUCAACACAGUGAAGCAGAUGCCGCCGUGCCACGAGCACACGUACAACCAGCGGCGCUACAUGCGCUCCGAGCUCACCGCGCUCUGGAAGACGGACAGCGAGGAUGACAUCCCCCCCGAAACAGUCAUUCACACCGACGAGACCUUCACACCUGACCUGAAUAUAUUUCAAGACGUCAUGCAUAAAGACACUUUGGUGAAGUCUUUUAUAGACGAGGUGUUCAUGCUGAAGCCGGGUCUGUCCCUGCGGAGCACCUAUCUGGCCCAGUUCCUGCUGCUGCUCCACAGGAAGGCCCUCACAUUGCUCAAGUACAUCGAGGACGAAACGCAGAAAGGAAAGAAGCCGUUUCGAUCCCUGCGCAACCUAAAGACGGACCUGGAUUUGACAGUGGAGGGGGACCUGCACAUCAUAAUGGCCUUCGCUGAGAAGCUGAGGGCGGGACUGCACUCAUUCGUGUUCAGCAAGCCAUUUUACACCAGCAUGCAAGAGCGAGACGUUUUCACUACCUUCUGACUCCUUCCUUCUCCCGCGCUUUUAUGUAACUGACGCUUAAUGGAAACAGAUGUCUUUGUUUUCUUAUGUGUUACAUCAAUGCAUGCAUGCCUGAAUAUUUGUUUAUGCCUUGCUGGAAUGUAGAGAAACAUUUUGUGUCCUUAUCAGUUCAUUCAAAGUCGAAUUGCUGCUGUUAUGAGCCAUUACACUGUAUGUUUUUUAAUGUAAUGCCUUGAUCGACCGUAAGCAUAAUGUGAGUUGAAUGUUUUGGGAGGACUUCAAUAAUUCUCUACUGGGUGAAUUAUUCAUGAGCUCUAUGCCUUAUGUUAAUAGAGGGUCUGUAUUAAUUUAUGGUGUUAAAAUUGGCUGCCCACCAGGACAUUUGCAAUUUAAUUUAAAGUGAUAUCUAUUAAAAGUAUUAGUUUCUUCACUGCCUGUGUUAUAAAUGACCUUUUGAACUGUCCAAUUUUUUUUAUUUUUAGUAUUCAAUUAAUGAGUCUGUGAAUGGUGAGAAUCAUCAUAAAAAGGGUGAGAGUAAUCAUAGGAUUUUAUUAAAGAAAAAGACAAAGCGCUCUAAUGAAAUUUUAUUAUAACCCCUCUUGACAAAGCAGAACUGUUGGUAGCUGACAGUCAUAAAAUGAAAUCAGGCAAUCUAGUUAAGAUGUGAUGAGUAUCGCUUCAAAAAAUGCAAAUAUUUCGUUAUCAUAAUAUGGUGAGUGAUGAUGUUGUCCAGUUUCCCCACAUUUGCAUAUCAUUUUCAAUUCAUAACAUUUGAACCAGAGACAGUCCAACUGUGUUUAAAUAACAGACAUGUUCGCUUCCUUUCUAAAAUCACUUUGCUUCCUUCCCUUUUACUUUAUCUGAUUUGGAUUCGGAUCCUGAUCAAUUUUGUUUAAAAUGUGAACUUUUGUCUACUUGUGCAGUAAGAGCGAUGAACAAUAAAGACUGUAUUAGCAAAUGUCAAA